AAUUUUAGUAGGACCAUUUCCUGAUUACUUUUUAUAUUUUAUACUAUUUAUAUUUUUGCUAAUGGAAUUUCUAUAGGUAUUGUUAGAUUUGAAGUUUUUGAAUUAUAAUAAAUAAAGGAUGGUCACUAUAAACAAAAAUUAUAUUAUUAUGAAAUAUUAGUGAUAAAUUUUAAUGAUAAAAAUUAAGAAAUUUAUUUGAAAAAAAUGUGCGACACUAUAAGUAUGGAAGUAGCAGAUGACGAGGAUUGUUCAUAUUUUCAACAAAGUGAGCUAUUUGCUGAGGGCCUAACAGUCAUGGAAGAAAUUAGGCGCCAGGGAAAACUGUGUGAUGUCACUUUAAAAGUGGAAGACCAGUCCUUUUCCGCUCAUAGAAUUGUUUUAGCUGCUUCAAUUCCAUACUUUUACGCAAUGUUCACACACAAUAUGGUAGAAAGUAAGAAAAGAGAUAUAGUUAUGAAAGGAAUAGAGCCAAAAGCUUUAGAAACCCUUAUAAAUUUUGCUUAUUCUGGCAAGGUUACAAUAUCAAAUAGAAAUGUACAAUCUCUCAUGGUUGGAGCUUCCUUUUUGCAACUGACAAAAGUUCGUGAUGCUUGUGCAGAUUUUUUAAAAAUGAGAUUUCAUCCCCACAAUGUGCUUGGAAUAAGACAAUUUGCAGAAACAUUGGGAUGUACUAAAUUAAAAACACAUGCAGAUAUUUACUUGGCACAAUUCUUUCAUGAAGUGUGUUUAAGUGAUGAAUUUUUACUAUUAUCAAAUACUGAAGUAUUAAAUAUAAUUCAAUGUGAUGGUUUAGAUAUCAGUAGCGAGUCUGAAGUGUUUGAAGCUUUAAUGGGUUGGAUUGGACACAAUCCAGAUGAAAGACAGCAAUACUUACCUGAGUUGCUGGCACAUAUUAGAUUACCUUUAUUACCUCCACAAUAUUUAGCUGAUCGAGUAGCAACAGAAGAAAUGAUUAGAACAUCUCAUAAAUGCAGAGAUCUUCUAGAUGAAGCAAAGGAUUAUCAUUUAAUGCCUGAACGAAGAAGUCUUAUUCCUAGAUUUCGAACACAACCUAGAGUAUUUGAAUAUUCCAUUGGACAUAUUUAUGCUGUUGGAGGACUUACUAAAAAUGGAGACUCUGUAUCAGCUGUAGAAACAUUUGAUCCUAAACUUGGCCAAUGGCAAAUAGGUGAAGCAAUGUGCAUGAUGAGAUCUCGAGUAGGUGUUGCUGUUUCCAAAGGUCGUUUAUAUGCUUUCGGAGGUUUUAAUGGAACUGAGAGGUUAAAAACUGUAGAAAUUUAUGAUCCUGUGCUAAAACGAUGGGAAAAGGGUAGUCCCAUGCAAUAUAAACGAAGUGCUGUUGGAGUUGCUACAUUAGGAAAUCUGAUUUAUGUUUGUGGAGGAUAUGAUGGAAUAACAUCACUUAAUACAGUCGAAUGUUAUAAUCCAAAUACCGAUACAUGGAAAUUAAUAAGUCCCAUGAUAAAAUAUCGUUCUGCUGGUGGUGUGGCUUCAUUAUCUGGUUAUAUUUGGGCAUUAGGUGGUCAUGAUGGACUUUCCAUUUUUGAUUCUGUUGAAAGAUAUGAUCCCAGAACAGACACUUGGGUGAAAAUGGAAUCUAUGCUAACAAGAAGAUGUCGCUUAGGCGUUGCUCCUCUAAAUGGUAAAUUAUAUGUUUGUGGAGGAUAUGACGGUUCAAAAUUUCUUCAAACUGUAGAAAUGUUUGACCCUGUUACAAAUUCUUGGUCAUUUGUUGCGCCCAUGAAUGUCAUGAGAUCAAGGGUAGCUUUAGUUGCAAACAUGGGCAAGCUUUGGGCUAUUGGGGGAUAUGAUGGUGAGAGUAAUUUAUCAACUGUUGAAGUAUAUGAUCCAAUUGCAAAUGAGUGGUCAAUGGCGCCUGCCAUGUGUGCUCAUGAAGGAGGUGUUGGUGCUGCAGUAGUGCCCGUGAUCUAGUAUAUAAUUUUUGACAAUUUAUAUGUGAUAUUAUAAAAACAUACGUUUGCAUUCUUUGUUAAGCAGAUUAAUUUGCUGCUCGAUUAGAAAACAUUG